CGUAGACUGACUGCCGCAGCGGCAAUUUUAAAAAUAUCCAAAAAUCGUACAUCGAUUCGAAAUUCGAACAGCUGUUAGUCCUUGUACAAAGUUUUUUAUAAUAAUUUUAUUUCAGUGGUUGUACCCGUUACAAUUAUUGUAGAUAAAGAAAUAGUAGGUAUUAUUUUAGGUGUGCAGUGAAAGUGUUUUAGGAAAGUGAAAGGCUCUCUUGUUAUGAAAUCUUAAUUCAGCGUCUCAUCACAACACACGAUAUGUCAGAACUAUACAAAUCCACAAUAGCGCCAUGUCAGCGGUGAAAAACGACGUACAGAUAGACAAAAAGAUAUGGACAUGUACAGCACUUAAGCGUCGCAAGUACACGCGCACUGAAACGAUAGGAUCAAAUUUAAAAUGGCGGAAAACAAGAUGGCGGCUCAGUACAAGGGUCCUGAUUCCGUUAAUGAUUUUGAAUGUCAGUGGACAGGCGAAUGCUGUGGAGAGUUUAACGAGUCGAAUGCUAGCUUCCAUUCUAGGCUACCCCACAACGUGUAACAUCGGCAUCGAGGUUAGGCCCUGCACACUUACCUUGACCUGCUGGUUGCGCGGCGGCACUCGUGUGAGGGGCUGCGGAGGAAGCUGGCUGUUCUCGUGCUGCAUUCCGCCGGAGAUUAGCUCUCCUAGCAGAAGCGAGCUUGAUAAUAGUAUACCGUUAUCAGAAUGGAAGUACAAAGUUUCUCCACCGAAGUUGAGGCAAGUUCCACAGAGAAGCAUUGUACCUGCUAACGUCUUGCGAAGACGAGUAGACGAUGACGUCACACAGGUGGACUGCGGUUUACCGGCUACAAAAAUCUUACAGAAGAGGAUUAUAGGAGGUCGGGAAGCGAAGUUCGCCGAGUUUCCCUGGCAAGCUCACGUUCGGAUUUCAGAGUUCCAAUGUGGAGGUGUACUUGUGUCCCGUUGGUUCGUGGCGACAGCGGCUCAUUGUGUAUCGCGAGCGCGGCCGCGGGACAUUGCCGUAUGGUUAGGCGCCUUGGACACCAGCGCUGGAGCUCAUACUGCUAGAAAACUUGGGGUCGUCCAAAAAAUCCUCCACCCGCUGUUCCAAUUCCGCAUGACGCAGCCGGACCGCUACGACAUCGCUCUCCUGAAGCUGUCACGGCCUAUCACAUACAUGAGCCACAUCUUGCCAAUCUGCCUACCUGACUAUGACAUGGACCUACGCGGAAGGUCUGGUGUGAUAGCGGGCUGGGGGAAGACUGACGCCUCUACCGGUCACACCGGGACCAAUAUGUUGCGGAGUGCUACUGUGCCGAUUUUGAGUAAAGAACAAUGCAUCAACUGGCAUCACAGCAAGCAGAUAUCCGUCGAGAUACACUCCGAGAUGAUCUGCGCUGGGCAUUCAGAUGGACAUCAGGAUGCUUGCUUGGGUGACUCUGGCGGACCGUUGACUGUCCUGGACAACGGUAGGUACUACCUUGUGGGCAUUACAUCUGCCGGAUUCGGUUGCGGCGUGGACCACCAGCCCGGCAUCUACCACAACGUGAAGGUCACCGCUAACUGGAUCCGCGGCGUCAUCUCUCCCAGCAUCAACUACAUAGAUUUCUAAAGAAGUUCCACAAAUCUCAAAGUUCAUAGUCAACUCUAUUAAGAAUCCUAACAAAGUUAGGAUUUAUCAGUAUUUACGCGGACUGAGCAAUAAACUCAUAAUAGUAUCACUUUAAAAAGAGCUAAAGCAGCUUCGUGAGCAACUCCUAUUUCUUUUUAGUAGGUGAGUUGUCCAUGUACUUCACAAUCAUUUUAUCUCUCUCACACUUUUCUUCAUUCAUUUGGCACCUGUGUAGUAACGCCCAGAUAAAUUUCUAGAUAUUUUGCUCACCACGAUGCACCGAAUUUGUUCCGUCCCAUGAUAGGACUCGAGGUUAUUACAGUAUUAAACACUAUCAAUACGGGACUCACGUGUUCUUGGUCCCGUAUGUUCUUAAAUCGUUGUAUAAAAUAAUUUAUUGCUUACUUAAACACUGCUUAGCUUGUCAUGUCUCUCAUAUCGCUUUUCAAUUUGAU